AUAUAUAAUAAUUUAAUAGAGAAACAUCAAAUCCAAGUAAAAAAAUGGGGUGUUGUGUAUCUUCUUCUUGCUCUUGCAAACAUGCAUCUCCGAAUACAGUUCGACUAGUUCAUCUCAAUGGCUACGUAGAGGACUUGGACUAUCCCAUCUCAGUGAGUCAAGCCAUAGGGAACCCUCCUAAGCAGUUUCUAUGCACCGCGGCUCAGCUUUUAUCGGCAGGGUCCCAGCCACUGAGCCCCGAUGCUCCGCUCCAACCAGGCCAGCUUUACUUUGUGCUGCCGUUUUCGACUUUAAAGGGUGACGCGUCUCCGCUGGAUAUGGCGGCGCUUGUGAAGAGGUUGACGGAAAGAGCUAAAUCCCACCGUGCGUUGCCGGCAACUAGGUGUUUGUCGAGGACGACGAUGACCAUGAACGGCCGGACGAGGAGAAGGGAGACGACGGUACAUGUUGGGGUUCGAAGGUCGUAUAGGGUGAGGUCGUGGAAGCCCAUUUUGGAUACAAUUAGAGAAAUGUCGUUUAGUCGUCGGAGUGAAUCUGAUAUACAAGAGAUUGAUUUUAUUACAAGCAAUGUCUAGCCUGCAAAUUUGAGAGGUAGGGGAUGUUGUUUUUAUAAUUGUUUAUAUAUAUAUAUAUAUAUAGAUUUUGUAUGGAAAAACAAUGUCUAAUAACAUAUGGUAUUCUGUAUAGAUUGUUUGAAAUUAUUGAUGGUAAGAGUCAUUAUGUUGUAAAUUCCACUCUUUUUUGCGAUAAAUAUUUGAAGGGUUGUUUAUUGAGCUAA